GCAGUCACUUCCUGCCCCCGUGCCCAUCCGGCUCCGGGGUCAGCGGCCGCCGCUCUGGCGGGACAGGGGCGAAUAAAGUUUAAUUCGGGCAGGGGAAAGCCGCCCGUCCUCUCCAGGUAGGGCCGGCCCGCGGCACUCGCCCGUCGCGCCCGCCCCGUCCCGGCGUCGGCGCCCGCUGUUACCUGCGGCCGCGCGCCCCUCCCUCCCUCCCGCCCGGCCGCGCGUGGCGGGCGCGCUGCUGCCCCGGGCUGUCGGUAACGCGGAUUUCCCCACGGGACCCCAGGGACGCCGUCCCACCGGCGGGGCUGCGGGACGAGGCUGCGAGCAGAAAAGAGCUGCUGGAUGUAGAAGGAAAGUAGGUCGUGCGCACAGAAAAUGCCUCUAAGGGACAAGUGUUGUCAGACUGACCACCAUCACCAUGGAUGCUGUGAACCAGUGCAUCUGUUGGAACCUGGUGAUCCUCCAUUAUUGCAGCAGCCUCUGCAAACAUCAAAAUCUGGUAUUCAACAAAUCAUUGAGUGUUUUCGAUCAGGAACGAAACAACUUAAACAUAUCUUGUUAAGAGAUGUGGACACCAUUUUUGAGUGUAAAUUGUGCCGGAGUCUCUUCAGAGGAUUACCAAAUUUAAUUACUCAUAAAAAGUUUUAUUGUCCUCCAAGUCUUCAAAUGGAUGAUAACCUCCCAGAUACAAAAGAUAAGCAGAGUCAAGCCAUAAAUGACCUUCUUGAAGCAAUCUAUCCAAGGGUAGAUAAGCAAGAAUAUAUAAUUACAUUGGAACCUAUAGAAACGAAUCAAAAUGCUGUAUUUCAAUAUGUGUCCAGGACUGAUAGCCCAGAUGAGAACACAGAAAGUAGCCAUACCCCUGAUCAAGCUCCAGUACAGAUCCAGGAACCCAGCACUGAGCAACCCAAGACUGUUUCAGCUCCAGCCCCAGUCCCAGCUGGGGAUACUGUAGAAUUACCUCCUGCUGAUCCUGUCACAAACAAGAACACUCCUGAAGAACAGCCUCCAGCGGUAAAUCCUGACUUGGACUCUCUGGAUAAUUCUGAUUAUGGCCACCAGUUGAUUUGUUGCCUCUGUAGGAAGGAAUUUCAUUCAAGACGCAGUGUACGGCGGCACAUUCGAAAAGUACACAAAAAAAAGAUGGAAGAACUAAAGAAGUAUAUAGAAACAAAAAAGAAGGCAAACCAGUGCUCUGCAAGAGGACGAAAUAAGAAUGUUCUUGUCACGUUAGGUAGAAGUUGUCCUGUGUGUUAUAAAUCAUUUGCCACAAAAGCCAAUGUAAGGAGGCAUUUUGAUGAAGUUCAUAGAGGAUUAAGAAGGGAUUCCAUUACUCCUGAUAUAGCUACAAAGCCUGGGCAACCUUUGUUCUUGGAUACUGUUUCUGCUAAAAAAUCUCUUAAGACCAGAAAACAAAAGUCGUCUUCAAAGGCUGAAUACAAUUUAAGUGCGUGCAAAUGCCUUCUGUGCAAGAGGAAAUAUAGUUCACAGAUAAUGCUGAAAAGGCAUAUGCAAAUUGUUCACAAGAUAAGUCUCUCUGGAAAGACCUCUAAAAGAGAGAAAGGACCCAACAAUACCACCAAUGGCACAGAAAUGCAAGUUGAACCAGCAGAUUCUGUAGAACCUUCACCCCCUUCCAUUGUGCUUUCUCCCCAGAAUGAAUUAAAGGGAACAAAUCAUUCAAAUGAGAAAAAGAACACACCGUCAGCACAGAAGAAUAAGGUUAAACAGGACCCUGAAAACCCUAAAUCAACCUCUAAAUCAACCUGCAAAUCAACCACUAAAUCAACCCCUAAAUCAACCAAUGCAUCUGCUGCAGGUGGCCAGCAAAAAGCCAGGAAGCCAAAACUUUCAGCUGGCUUUGACUUCAAGCAGCUUUACUGUAAACUCUGUAAGCGCCAAUUUACGUCUAAACAGAAUUUAACAAAGCACAUUGAACUACACACAGAUGGAAAUAAUAUUUAUGUUAAAUACUACAGGUGUCCACUGUGCUCUUAUGAAACGCGUCGCAAGCGGGACGUGAUCCGACACAUAACUGUGGUUCACAAAAAGUCACCGCGCUACCUUGGGAAAAUAACGGCAAGUUUAGAAAUAAGAGCAAUAAAGAAGCCAAUUGAUCUUGUUCUAAAUAAGGUGACAAAAAGAGGCUCUCAGAAGGAUGAAACAAAACAGAUUGGUUCAAAACAGGAUGUCACCUCUAAUUCUCCCAAUAAAAAGUAUGAAGGAGCUGAUGUUGGCAUUGAAGUGAAAGUAACAAAAAACUUUUCUCUGCACCGAUGCAAUAAAUGUGGGAAAGCAUUUGCCAGAAAAGCUUUUCUAGAACAUCAUAAGAAAACCCACAAAGCAAACGUAUCUCAUUCACCUGAAGAAAGUAAAACCAAAGGCAGAAGUACAAGAUCUAAAGCUGUUGUCUGGUUCGAGUGAUGUUCGGAAAGUUUGAAGUUCAUUUGAAUGAAAAAAGACUUCAGUUUGUUUGUGGAACUGCUAAUUCUUGCUAAUGGUACUAUAAGGAGGAAAUACUUUCAUAAGCUGUUUUUUUUUUCCUUACAAUAUUAACCAUUCUGACUGCUUGUAGGACAGUACCACUUCCCAAAACACUGAAGCAGUUGAAGUAAAAUCCACAUGGUUCUAAAUUAACAGUUAUCUCUAGGUAGUUGUAGUUUAACCCAGUAUAGAAUAAACUUCCUGAAAUUGAAAAAGAGUAUACCAGAGACAAGUUAUUGAGCAGCAGCUUUGAAAGAAGGUGGAUUUUCCUCAUUUAGAAAAUCUUCAGAAAACUCAUGCAUACUGGUCCUCCCUGGCAGUGCUAAUUGAUGGACAGCUCAAACUUUCAUGUGAUAGCCUACUUUGGCAAAUGUUAUAUUAUAUACUGUUUUAAAUUUAUUACAAAUGAAUGUAUAAGAGCAAACAAUGUAGUGUUUAUUGGCUGAAUUCUACUAAUUUUUAGAUUUUGCCAUAAAUUCAGUUUGUUCAUGUUGAGUAAUUUCCCAGUUCAAGGACAUUCUGAAUUUCACUGUGCUGAAGUUUCUUCAAAGACCUCCACUUUGUUUCCAUAUGUGGUUCACAGGAAAAUUUUGUAAACAUCUAGAAAGUUUACAAGAAUAUCCACAUUCCUCUAUUCUUUAAUUUUUAAAAAAAUUAUACACAAGCACUUUAAUGAUAGUUGCAGUUUAUUUUUUCAGUUUAUUUUUGAAAGAUCAACACACUAAUGUUAAUAUGAAGGUAGUGAAUAUUUGCUGAUGUAUUAUAGACAAUCUGUGCACAACCACUUAUAAUGUUAGCUUAUUUCAUAAAAUAUUAAUAAAAAGGGAGGAUAGUUUGGGAGAAACUCAAAAUACAUUUUCUCUCAAAAUCAUAAAUGACCACUAUGCGUAACACUUGACUUUGUGUAAUUGGAAAAUGUUUAGAUACCCUUUUUUAACCUUUUAAUCAAGAUUGUAGUAAAACAGUUGCAUGCCUACCAUUAUGAAGUUCUUGGCAGGUUUCAUGCAAUCAUGGGUUUUGUUUCGGGUUUUUUGUUGUUGUUUGGGUUUUUGUUUGUUUUUUGUUGUUUAUCUUUUAGAAAAUAUUUUGUUUAGUGAUUUGUGUCAAAUUGCCACAAUUUGAAAGGUAUUGUACAUCAGAAGAAAUACCGUGUUUUUUAUAUCGGUUCACUCCCUUACUUAGGGAGGUGCCUCGUGUUCAUAUAUACUUUUUUUGUAUAAAAUAUAUCUAAAUGUUGAUCACAAGAUCAGGAGUAAAAAUGCUUUUAUGGAUAGAGAACUAUUUGGCCCUGUUAGUGCAUUGCACUAAAAAUACUGUGAAUGGGAACUAAGAUUGUAGCUUUGCUCAAAAUGUUCUAUAUUGAAUGUACAUGCUUUUUUUUUUGGAUAAAUGUACUGUAUUUGAUGGAAAAUAAAGCAGACUGGAAAUGAUUUUUAAGUGGGCAUAAACAAAAAGAUGUUGUGUUUGUAAACUUGGGAUAUCUGUCACUGCACAGUCGGAAAUUACAUUGUUUGCAUUUUGUAAAGUUUUUUUUUGUUGAUCAUUGAAGCUAGUUCUUUGUAAUAUUCUGUUGUAAUAAAUGGGUCUUUUUUAAUUAAAAAUUUGGCACUUGUGGAGUGAACACUUCACACUGGUUUGUCAACCCUUGCUGUAUUUUUGGCAAACACUGCUUAUCUUGGCCUUUUGUUCCUUGUAAAGGAAUCUCUGAGGAACUCUUGUUGUUACCCUUUUAGAAGAAAAUACUGAAGAAGACAGGCUAUGAUAAUACUGGUAUUUUUUGUUUAGAUGUUUUCCUGCCUUUUCAGUCUAAGGUGACUUGGAUGUACCUGGUCUGUGUUCUCAGCACAAGCCUCUAGCUAGCUGGUUCAGCUCUCUUGGCUGAGCUGGAUUUGCUCUUUCACAAUACUUAUAUGCUUUGAGCCUGACAGUCAUCUCCUUUAUUAGGGGCAGAACAGUCUGCUUUGAUGAUCUUCCACAGCUGUUGAUGUUAUCUGAAAGAGCUGAGUGGGCUCAGUGGCAGAGCAGAAACCAAAAAGUGCAGUCCAAGGUUUGCAGCAGAUCUUAUGUGUACAUGUGCUUACAUUUUUUUCAUUCUGUUGCUCAGAUGUUUUCUUCUUCAGGAUGUUGUGGUUUUAUAGUUCUCAGCUUGUGACUUUCUGCAGCAAACAAAGGGACUUUUUGAAGUUGCUGUCUUGUGGCAAGGCAGGUGGGGUGAAUCUUAGACUGAAAUGGAUGUGUAAAUUGUGAUCAGCUUCCUUCACAACAUCUAACAUACAUCUAAAUUUCAACUGCUGCUCUCUGAAGAAACAACUGCCUAAGAAUGAACAAGCCUGAAAUGGACGCAUCAUCCUUUAAGUGUGUAAAGCUGCAUUUUCCAUGAAAAAUAUAUUCAUGAUACUGACAGAUAAGGAGAUCAAUAAUUUGUCUCAGGUAUAAAAGUGGUAAUGGUUUUCCAAAUUCAGUGAGAGAUUUCUCUGCAUGUUGUCAGACUGGUAGUACAUUAGGUGGUGCCUGGGUUGACAAGGCUUAGGAUCGGGUGUCUGUGCUGUUUCAGAGUGCUUCCCAUUAGUAUAAAGGAGGAAAACAAGGGGCAUGACUGUUGACCUGCUCAGAACUGAACAGAUUGUGACUCUGGUCUCUUAUUAAAUCAUAAAUACUGCCAUUUGCUUCCUCAAGGAUCACUUGCCUAAUUUGUUCACAUAUGCAUUGUAAAAAUGGUGUUUGACACUGAAAAGACUGAAGGGACUGUUUUCUUAAGUGUCAGUAAUGUCUUGAGGCUUGGGCUGGUCAUUGUUUUUUGCAGUACAAUAACAUGCAAACACCUCAUAAAUUGUACUUCAUCUGGCAUUUGCUAUUCUGAGUUACUGUUUAAUUAUCAUUAUUUCAUGAUUUUACCUCCAGAAUUUGCUUUUCUGCUAUUCAAGGUGCUACUGGUGAUAUUCCACAUAGAAGAGUUAUUUCAGCAAGCAAGUUAUUUCAGCUGUCUUUCAGUUUACAGUUACCUUACUGGGUGCAGUGGUAGGAUGUUUGCUGUCCUUGUUUUCUCUCUGUAAAUGUUAAGGCAAUACCUGAUCACAGCAAUGCAGAGUCAGGUACUUGGUUAUGUUUUGACUGUGACUUUCAGAAAGAAAUUUAGUCUGGAGAAACGUACUGAGAAGUGUGAAAGAUGCCUUUGAAACGGAGUGCCUGCACAGCUGUGGACUGACCCACAAUGAUUGGAAAUGGCCAGCAAACUAUUAGCAUUCUUGGCUUCAAAACAAGACUGGUAACAGUCUAAGAUACUUCUGCCUCUUGAAAAGCAUAAAAAAAAUUGGUUUUUGUAUCUUAGAGCUCAUUUUUUCAUCUUAGUAGAUUGUUUGCCUACACCAGUAUAAGGCAAGGCAAUAUAACCCAAAAGUAGUAGAAUUCCUAAUACAUUUUUAAACAUAUUUUGAGGGAUAAGGCUUAAUAUUAGGUUCUAUUAAAUUUAGGUUCUAUUAAAUAAGGAAAGGAUAAAACUAUGUCACUUUGAUAGGUACAUUAGCACAGCUACAAGACAAUUAUCUUAUUCUUUCAUAUAAAGUCUCUUCCCUUGUGGAAGGUGCUUGCUGUCAUUUUUAUGUUUCCAUUACUCACCUGUGUAGUUCCCAGUUCAAUUUUUAUUAUGUUACUGUUUGGUUGUGGUUGAAUUUUCCUGAAUUAUCUAUGUGCUUAUCAUGUUAGCUUCUUUAAACUCCUAAUUUUGGAAGUAGUAAAAUUUCUUUUAUUUGUUUCUGUUUUGAAAGCUGCCUUAAAACUGCUUGGUAUUUGAGAAUGUUGGGUCAGUGGUUUUUUUUUUUUUUUUUCCUGGAGGAUGAGGUGAUCCAAACACCACUGAUUUAGGUGUUCAGAUUUUGGUUAUGGAGUCUUCUAGAGGGUGAUUUUGAAAAAGACAAGAAGAGAUCCAGGCAGGAACAAUGUGGACCCUCUUAUACUUUAAGCCUUUAAAAUAGAUUAGAGAAAUAACUGCCAGAAGUAAUAUUUCUCUCCCUGCACUAGGCACCUGAUAAAUGGCUCAAGAACUUCAGGCCCUGUCCAGCUCCAUUUUCUCACUAUUUCUGUGUUCCUGAAUUAGAAAUGAAAUGUUUAUUUUUCU